GGCUUGAGUCUCAGUUCCGAGCGCCUGAUAGUAAGGCAGGGACCCAGCCCUACCUAGUUCCCAGCUGACGGUUCAGUGAGGACCCUGCCACGCCAGCCUCCACAGGGUGGCAGCUACCGCCCAGCCACAGCGGCCCAGCCUCUGAACAUCCGUCUCCACCGUGGAGCAGAGGCUGCGGCGCGUGUCACAGACCGGGGCUGGGGGGGGGGGCCAUGGGGAAGGGGUCCUACCUGCCCCCCACACCUGGUGAUCUGGGAGCCACUCAUGGAGAGUCUCUGCUGGGCCGAGCUGGCGCCUGUUAGGCGCAAGACUGCCCACUGCAGGCCGUGUGCACGUGGCGGGGCGGCAGCAGCCCGCUCGCCUCUCCUGACCCCGUGCUCUACCUCCUGUGUUCCAGGGACUCUGAACAUGUCGGGGAUCGCCCUCAGCAGACUCGCCCAGGAGAGGAAAGCAUGGAGGAAAGACCACCCGUUUGGUUUCGUAGCUGUCCCAACAAAAAAUCCCGAUGGCACGAUGAACCUCAUGAACUGGGAGUGCGCCAUUCCAGGGAAGAAAGGGACUCCGUGGGAAGGAGGCUUGUUUAAACUGCGGAUGCUUUUCAAAGAUGAUUAUCCGUCUUCACCACCAAAAUGUAAAUUCGAACCACCGUUAUUUCACCCAAAUGUGUACCCCUCGGGGACAGUGUGCCUGUCCAUCUUAGAGGAGGACAAGGACUGGAGGCCAGCCAUCACAAUCAAACAGAUCCUAUUAGGAAUACAGGAACUUCUAAAUGAACCAAAUAUCCAAGAUCCAGCUCAAGCAGAGGCCUACACGAUUUACUGGUUAGUAGCAGCCCUUGCCCUGCUGCUGGCAGCUCCUCUCCAUCCCAGCCAAGGCCGCCUGGCAGGCGGGGAGUGGAGCACACAGGCUCACCCUAGAGACAGCCAGGGUCCCCCUCCAGGGGAAGGUCGGGGGGCAUGAACCCCGUGGGCAGCAGGCACCGACGCACACAGGGUCUGCGGUGGGCAUGGACGGUGCCGGAGCCCUGUCUGGUGGGGGAGCAGGCCGGGUGACGGGGGCUGUCUUGGGCCCCCACUAGGAGGGGAAGGACCCUGGCCGUGGGUGCGGGAGGAGGCCAUGCUGAGGGGCCUGUCCACCUGCUCAGCCUCCUGUGGACCCCAGCCUCCUGCACUGCCCCUGCUGCUUAUCCCCACCCCCCCAUACUUGGUUCCUCCUAUUGGGGGGCCCAGCCCAGCAGGGCUCAGUGAUGUGAUGCUGUCGCAUAGACCCUGGGCUCCUGUGAGGUGCUGCUGUGGCUACAAGGGUUCCCGUGGUCCUGGGGUCACUGUCUGCACUGAGGAGGGCCUGGUGUGAGUUAGGAUGCAGACAACAGCCACAUAGUGCUGGAGACAGCAGGGAGGACCCUGCCCUGAGCAGACGCCACGUGCAUGCCUGUCCCGUCCCCAGCCCUGGGGGCCGCCUCUGCAGCUGCUCUGGGAAGGUCCAUAAGAAGGUGGGUCGGGGGCUCUGACCCCCACUGCUGCACCUGCAGUGUUGAGAAACCCAGCCCCAUCUCAGCGUGGGUCCCCACACCUCUGAGGGGGUCUCGGGGGCCCCAGUGGCCGGGGACCCAGGAGGCUCCCCCUGCAGCCACCCCACACGUGCCUGCCACCAUGAGCAUCGGAGGCCUGCUCCUUCCAGGGGCAUCUCCUGGUCGGGAGUGGGAGUCUAAGGGGUCACCGUUACCCUAAGCCCAGCCCGCACAGGUUAUGAGGAAAAGCACCUGGUUUGGGCUGGGCGCAGUAGCUCACGCCUGUAAUCCCAGCACUUUGGGUGGCCAAGGUGGGCAAAUCACAAGGUCAGGAGUUCGAGACCAGCCUGACCAACAUAGUGAAACCCUGUCCCUACUAAA